GGUGACGAGGUGUACCGAGGGCACAACUCCGCCGCACAUACCGUAGCGUCUGCCCGAACCGGCGGGAGUUGCCCCGAUCAAGGUGCCAAGGAAGGAUGCUUGGCGAGGAUGAGCCAGACACAAACCCCGGUCGCAGUGGCUCUGGCUCGCGUGGCAGCUCGGGAUGGCAAGGGCGUGCGGACGGCAGUGGCUGCAGAUAGUGAGACCUCCGAAAAGGACGAGGAGGCGGAGACGUGCGCCCUCCACCUCGUUUGGGCGAACCGCUACGACGUCGAGAUCCGGCGACUCAGGGCGGAGAUCAAGAGGCAGAGAUACCUCCUGAAGCUGAUGAACGCCGAGAAGUCGAGCCUGUCCACGUCGAGCUUCGUGUCGCUGGUCGAGUACGAGCAGCGGAUGCAGGAGGGCUGCGCGUACGACAGCUCCUUCGACGCCGACGGAGUUCGAAGCUCCGAAGCCCCGACGGGGCGGGGCGACCCUGCUCGAUCGCGGGCGUCCAGUGGGAGCUGCGUCGAGGAACUCCACGGCAGUUUCCCCUCCAUGGACAGCGGGGUGUUCCUGCCCUUCGACGCCGGCGAGGGGCAGGGCGAGGCCUCCUCCUCCUCCUCCUCCUCCUCCCUUCUGGAGCAGCUGGAGGACCUGGUGAGCCACCCGCAGGAGGAGCUGACGGAGAGCGUGGAGGACGGCCUGCUUCAGGAGUGCCUUUAUUCCAGCAGCGAGAGUCUGGUCGAAAGCAACCAGACGGCGUCUACCUGCCACUUAGUGAGAUCCUCGGACGAGUGUGAAGUGACGUGCAAAAUCGCAACAGUGAGUUGCAGUGAGUUGUGUGCAAGUGACUCCCCGCCAACUUGUCGCAAGGGCAGUUCGUUAGAAAAUUUACCCGUUGAAAAAAUUCACUGCAGAAGGACGUGUGGCCAAAAUGAGUCUCAAAGUACUUCUGUGGAGGAAAAUUGUUCAGUGAAAUCCUUGCUGGAGGAAAAUUGUUCAGUGAAAUCCUUGCUGGAGGAAAAUUGUUCAGUGAAAUCCUUGCUGGUUGAAAAAUGUUCAGUGAAAUCCUUGCCGGAGGAAAAUUGUUCAUUGAAGUCCUUGCCGGAGGAAAAAUGCUCUGUGAAAACCUUGCUGGAGGAAAAUAAACUUGGUGAUACCGGUGUUCAGGAAAAUCCACGUAAGAAUUCUUCAUCUGUGAACCGGUUGGAAGCAAGUGACGAGACCCCCGAGAAACCCUAUGUGAUAGAGAGUGAAUUUGGAUGGUCUCUUGUCGAGGAGAACCACCCCGAAGGAUCCUGUUCCAGAGAAGCUGGUGGAAAUUCUCCUGCUGAACUUCAGAGAUCUUACUCAGAGGAAGAUCAUCUCGAAGCGUCCAGCGAAGAAGAAAAUGAAUGCGACAGUUCCUUUGCAGAAUCGAUUAGCCUCGAGGAAAAUCAAUCGGCAAAACCAACUAGCGCGGAAAAUCGAGUCGCAGCGCCCAACGCGGAUGACAACCAAGAACUUGAGAAGAACCCCAUAGCAGGCUCUGGCGCCGUUGAAACCCUAUCAGCAAGUCAGCUCAGGAAGCCUAGUGCUGAGGCCCAUCAGCACGACCCCGAGAAAGGGGAGGAAUCCGCGGAAAAGAACGGAAAACCGGACGACCCCGACGGGAAAUUCUCUCACUUGGAACACCGGGCCCAAAAUGUCCGGAACGGGGUGGCAGGCAUCACCCGCCUCGCGGUCGAAAGUAUGGUUGAUUUCGUCAGCUUGGACAACCAGGUGUCGAGUCUCCUGAGAUCUGUGCGGGACACGUUCCGCCAGAGCAAGAUAGUCGUGGCCCUGGAGAGCCUCUGCAACAUCCUGGAGCAACGUCUGGAGGAGGAAUGGUGGGCGGCAUACGACCUGCACCUCGCGCCCUCCGAGAGAAACUAUAUCGUGUGAAUUCCCGGUAAAGUCCUGUGCCGCCUGAAGGAUAGGAAAUACCAAAGAUAUUUUCGAAGUGAUUAUGAAAGAAAGUUUUAUGUGAAUAGAUAGGAAAUAGAAUAGGAAAGACAGAAAAUUAUAUGUGAAUAGAUAAAAAAAAAAAGUUACAUGUGAAUAGAUAAAAAAAAAAAAAAGUUACAUGUGAAUAGAUAAAAAAAAAGUUAUAUGUGAAUAGACAAGAACAACAAAAAGGAAAAAAAAAGAUACACGUGAAUAGAUAAAAAAGGAAAGGUAUAUGUGAAUAGAUACGAAAAUUGAAACGCAGCUUUAAGGAAGAAACCAAAACACGAAAUUCAGCCAUAUGCAUUUUCCCUUAUCUGCGUUUCGUUUCCCUUGGACCGAUGGACAAGCAAGGCCCAGUAUAUGACAUUUCUGUUUACCUCUAUUUGUUGUGUUGUUGUUAGAGAUCCUAGAUUUUUAUUUCUGGACCAGCAGGCAUGAUUUUUUUUUAUAUAUUUUCUCUGGUCCAAAAUGGUGCUGGUAGAGCUGGCUUUAUUCGCACCCUCGUGUAUUAUAAGUUCUUGUUCUUCUAAGGAGAAUAUUUGUCUUGAUAUCUGAUUCCCUUUUUUUAAUGUGAAUAAAGUAUUUUAUAUUA